CGCGCUUAGCGCGUGCGUACGCGACGGCGGUUGGCGGCGCGCGGGCAGCGUGAAGCCAGGCGAGGCGAGGCGAGGCAAGGCGGUUCGGACCCACGGAGCGACAGACCGAGCGGCCCCUACGGCCGUCGGCGGCCCGGCGGCCCGAGAUGUUAUCUGGGAAGAAGGCGGCAGCCGCGGCGGCGGCGGCGGCGGCUGCAGCGGCAGCAGCCGGGACGGAGGCUGGCCCCGGGACAGCAGGCGGCUCCGAGAACGGGUCUGAGGUGGCCGCGCAGCCCGCGGGCCUGUCGGGCCCAGCCGAGGUCGGGCCGGGGGCGGUGGGGGAGCGCACACCCCGCAAGAAAGAGCCUCCGCGGGCCUCGCCCCCCGGGGGCCUGGCGGAACCGCCGGGGUCCGCAGGGCCUCAGGCCGGGCCUACUGUCGUGCCUGGGUCUGCGACCCCCAUGGAAACUGGAAUAGCAGAGACUCCGGAGGGGCGUCGGACCAGCCGGCGCAAGCGGGCGAAGGUAGAGUACAGAGAGAUGGAUGAAAGCUUGGCCAACCUCUCAGAAGAUGAGUAUUAUUCAGAAGAAGAGAGAAAUGCCAAAGCAGAGAAGGAAAAGAAGCUUCCCCCACCACCCCCUCAAGCCCCACCUGAGGAAGAAAAUGAAAGUGAGCCUGAAGAACCAUCGGGUGUGGAGGGCGCAGCUUUCCAGAGCCGACUUCCUCAUGACCGGAUGACUUCUCAAGAAGCAGCCUGUUUUCCAGAUAUUAUCAGUGGACCACAACAGACCCAGAAGGUUUUUCUGUUCAUUAGAAACCGCACACUGCAGUUGUGGUUGGAUAAUCCAAAGAUUCAGCUGACAUUUGAGGCUACUCUCCAACAAUUAGAAGCACCUUAUAACAGUGAUACUGUGCUUGUCCACCGAGUUCACAGUUAUUUAGAGCGUCAUGGUCUUAUCAACUUCGGCAUCUAUAAGAGGAUAAAACCCCUACCAACUAAAAAGACAGGAAAGGUAAUUAUUAUAGGCUCUGGGGUCUCAGGCUUGGCAGCAGCUCGACAGUUACAAAGUUUUGGAAUGGAUGUCACACUUUUGGAAGCCAGGGAUCGUGUGGGUGGACGAGUUGCCACAUUUCGCAAAGGAAACUAUGUAGCUGAUCUUGGAGCCAUGGUGGUAACAGGUCUUGGAGGGAAUCCUAUGGCUGUGGUCAGCAAACAAGUAAAUAUGGAACUGGCCAAGAUCAAGCAAAAAUGCCCACUUUAUGAAGCCAACGGACAAGCUGUUCCUAAGGAGAAAGAUGAAAUGGUAGAGCAAGAGUUUAACCGGUUGCUAGAAGCUACAUCUUACCUUAGUCAUCAACUAGACUUCAAUGUCCUCAAUAAUAAGCCUGUGUCCCUUGGCCAGGCAUUGGAAGUUGUCAUUCAGUUACAAGAGAAGCAUGUCAAAGAUGAGCAGAUUGAACAUUGGAAGAAGAUAGUGAAAACUCAGGAAGAAUUGAAAGAACUUCUUAAUAAGAUGGUAAGUUUGAAAGAGAAAAUUAAAGAACUCCAUCAGCAAUACAAAGAAGCAUCUGAAGUAAAGCCACCCAGAGAUAUUACUGCCGAGUUCUUAGUGAAAAGCAAACACAGGGAUCUGACCGCCCUAUGCAAGGAAUACGAUGAAUUAGCUGAAACACAAGGAAAGCUAGAAGAAAAACUUCAAGAAUUGGAAGCAAAUCCCCCAAGUGAUGUAUAUCUCUCAUCAAGAGACAGACAAAUACUUGAUUGGCAUUUUGCAAAUCUCGAAUUUGCUAAUGCCACACCUCUCUCAACUCUCUCCCUUAAGCACUGGGAUCAGGAUGAUGACUUUGAGUUCACUGGCAGCCACCUGACAGUAAGGAAUGGCUACUCAUGUGUGCCUGUGGCUUUAGCAGAAGGCCUAGACAUUAAACUGAAUACAGCAGUGCGACAGGUUCGCUACACGGCUUCAGGAUGUGAAGUGAUAGCUGUGAACACCCGCUCCACGAGUCAAACCUUUAUUUAUAAAUGCGAUGCAGUUCUCUGUACCCUUCCCCUGGGUGUGCUGAAGCAGCAGCCACCAGCUGUUCAGUUUGUGCCACCUCUCCCUGAGUGGAAAACAUCUGCAGUCCAAAGGAUGGGAUUUGGCAACCUUAACAAGGUGGUGUUGUGUUUUGACCGAGUGUUCUGGGAUCCAAGUGUCAAUUUGUUCGGGCAUGUUGGCAGUACGACUGCCAGCAGGGGUGAGCUCUUCCUCUUCUGGAACCUCUAUAAAGCUCCAAUACUGUUGGCACUAGUGGCAGGAGAAGCUGCUGGUAUCAUGGAAAACAUAAGUGACGAUGUGAUUGUUGGCCGAUGCCUGGCCAUUCUCAAAGGGAUUUUUGGUAGCAGUGCAGUACCUCAGCCCAAGGAAACUGUGGUGUCUCGUUGGCGUGCUGAUCCCUGGGCCCGGGGCUCUUAUUCCUAUGUUGCUGCAGGAUCAUCUGGAAAUGACUAUGAUUUAAUGGCUCAGCCAAUCACUCCUGGCCCCUCGAUUCCAGGUGCCCCACAGAUUUUAGUCAUUCUAUCUUCGGACCCUUUCAGAUAACCAAGAGCAGAGUUAAAAAGGAUGGGCAGCAUUUCUGAUUUCUCAUAAUUUGGUUUUGUAAAUCUAGGCAGUCUACAUUCAGAAUGGAGGAGUCCAGAGUAUAAGUCAAAUAACAUUUUUCCUUAUUCAGGUUUUCUCCCUAAAAAACAAAACCAUUUUUAAUUGCGCUUCCAUUUUGUAAUGGCUCAUAGGAUCGCUGUAAGGUCUCAAUUACUAGGGGCUUCCAGGGCAUUUCUGAGAAAUAACCCUGGGUCCUCAUCUAGACCCUUAUGCCAGACCCCACUCCAAAGAGCGGUAAGAAUUCCUCAAUGUCAUAGCCCAGACCUGCUCUGAGCUGCGAGGCUGAAGUGUCCCUGAUCACCAAAUAUCCUGUGCUUCCGGGUAGCGAGGCUCCCUCCCAGAAGGUAGUUAUACACGAGGGAAGGACGCUCUAGAAUUGGGUAUCUAAACUGAUGAGAACACAUGUUAAGCAUCACUUUAGGACUGAGGCUAGGUAGAGUUUUAUUGUCUCAUUUCUACUUGUCAAUUCUGGGAAAGUGCCUACUGAUAAGGGAGACUCUUCCCUUAUCAGAUAGAAUGAAUAGUAAUUGGGGGGUCAGCCUUUAAAAGGUCAACAGGAAUUUAGCAAUUUAAGUACAAGAAUAAAGGUGUAUGUGCAGCCUGCCAAUUUUCUCUUUUUUUCCCCUAAAAUAGCCGAUUCCACGACUCUUCUUUGCGGGAGAACAUACGAUCCGUAACUACCCAGCCACAGUGCAUGGUGCUCUCCUGAGUGGGCUGCGAGAAGCAGGAAGAAUUGCAGACCAGUUUUUGGGGGCCAUGUAUACGCUGCCUCGCCAGGCCACGCCAGGUGUUCCUGCACAGCAGUCCCCAAGCAUGUGAGACAGAUACAUUCUAAGGGAAGAGGCCCAUGUGCCUGUUUCUGCCGUGUAAGGAAGGCUCUUCUAGCAAUACUAGAUCCCACUGAGAAAAUCCGCCCUGGCAUCUGGGCUCCUGAUCGGCUGAUGGAGCUCCUGAUUUGACAAAGGAGCCUGCCUCCUUUGAAUGACCUAGAGCACAGGGAGGAACUUGUCCAUUAGUUUGGAAUUAUGUUCUUCAUAAAGACUGAGGCAAGUGAAUGCUGUGAAGUAACAUCUUAGUCCCUUGGUGUGUGGUUUUUUGUUUGUUUUUUUUUUAUAUUUUGAGAAUAAAACUUCAUAUAAAAUUG